AUGUCAACUAAAAUCCUGCUUCCUCAAGCAUCGAUUCAUCCUGCGAGUCCACUCAAACCAAUUCCAGUUCUUCAGGAGCCGGUUGAUUUGCUCAAGAGAUCUACCAUUCCAUUCUUCGCUCGUCGACCUUCACGAUUCAUACCCUCGCCUUCCGUAUCUCUUCUACCAAGUGGUAUCAAUGAUGACAAUGCGAAUGUCGAUGGCGAUGACAAUGCAGAUGUACAAGGUGAGGUUCCACUACCACGUCUAUCAAUAACAACACCCCAGCCACUUUUCCUUUCUCAACCUCAUUCUCACUGCCGAUCAUACAUCUCACACGAUCCAGUCCCCGCAUCGGAUUGUGGUUCAUUCAGAUCAUAUGGGUUGAGUCAAGAUUCCGCUUUGAGAGACUUCUUUAGAGGUUCAAUAGAAGUUACUCCUUUACCCGAAAUGAACGCUGAUCGCGAAGGAUAUUUCAUUGGAUGGGACAUGGGUGCGGAUGCGGAUACGGAUGCAGAUGCCUCUGUGAAAGACGAAGUGGAAUGCAUAAGUGAAGCCGAAGCAGGAUGGAGCAAGUCAGGAGUGAGAGGCGGUAGCCUCCUCAGAGUGUACACUGAAUUCAUGGAGGAAGGAGAAGCGAGAAAGGAAGGACCAGGUUGGGGUUCAUUGACCAUUUAG